AGAUUUUCUCGUCUCUAUUGUAUUGUUUUGUCUGUGUGUGUGUGUGUGUUUGUUUGUGUGUUAUUUUUUUGUCUGGCUGCAAAAUAAGACUGCACUACUGUUUCCCCACAUUAACUCUCAACAUAUUCCCGGUGUGACAGUGACUGUGUGCAUUUGACUGCUGUCGUUACUGAUUAAGGCACAUCCAAACAAACCGUGUCUGUUUACUGACAUCCAGCUGCUUUGUCCAUGAAGUCAUCACCUGGACCAGAUUUUAUUUUUUUGGCAGCACAUACACUGAAGUGGAAAAACACAUUACAAAAUAUUUCCUCACAUCUCUGUUUUUGUGAACCAGUGCAUCACUGCAUACUGUAUACAUUCAACAGACACUUGAGGAGGUACACCCGUAACAUCCUAUAACCUCCAAUCUGUCUUUACAUAGAUAGUAGAGCUCAAUUUUGGUUGACCUUUAUGCUUGUUGUCAUCUCAGCCAGACCUGCGAACUUCUACCUCCGACUUUGCACGGAACAGUGAUCGGGGCGGGAAUAAGAAAAGAAAAAAAAUAUUAUGCCGAGGAGCACCACAUGGCGCCCGUGGGGGUCCCCUGUCAUCAUCCAAAGUGGAAAGGACUUCGUGAAAAGCACGCAUCCCGAAUUCGGCAGGGCCUCCUCAUCCUCUGAUGUUUCCUUCAACGCCUCCUGACUGGAUCCUGGAGACCAGCGGUCACCAUGGCAACGCCGGCAUACAUCCCUGGGGCGAUCAACCAGUCUGUAACGUUCACAUCCAUCUUCAACGCCAGCUGCCGCUUUGACGAGGAGUUCAAGUACAUCCUGCUACCCGUCUCCUACACGCUGGUCUUCGUGGCGGGCUUGGUGCUCAACGCCACCGCACUGUGGACCUUUGUCAAGAUGCGUCCGUGGAGCCCCCGCGUCGUCUUCAUGUUCCACCUGGCGCUCUCUGACUUCCUGUAUGUGCUGUCGCUGCCCACGCUCAUCUACUACUACGCCAACCGCAGCCACUGGCCUUUUGGCGUGGCGGCGUGCAAAAUAGUGCGCUUCCUCUUCUACACCAACCUCUACUGCAGCAUCCUGUUGCUCACCUGCAUCAGCUUGCACCGCUACAUGGGUAUCUGCCACCCCAUUAAGGCACUCAGCCUGAUCAAACCCCGCCACGCCCACCUGGCGUGCGCCGGCGUGUGGGCGGCGGUGGUCGUCUGCCUGGUUCCCAACUUGGUGUUCGUCACCACUUCCAGGCGAGACAAUGACACCUUGUGCCAUGACACCACCAGCCAGGAUUCCUUUGAGGAAUAUGUGGACUACAGCUCAGCCGUCAUGGCGCUUCUGUUUGGCGUGCCCUUCUUGGUCAUCGUGGCGUGCUACUGUAAGAUGGCGCACACCCUGUGCCGGCCCAGACAGGGCUUGUCGGCCAACCCGGCGUCGCGACAGAAGUCCGUCAAGCUCAUCGUGGUGGUGCUGAUUGUCUUCGCCAUCAGCUUCGUGCCCUUCCACGUCACACGCACUAUUUACUACGCUGCCCGCGUGCUGGAGCUGGAUUGCCACACCCUCAACAUCGUAAACUUUACAUACAAAAUCACCAGGCCACUCGCCAGCGUCAACAGCUGCAUUGACCCCAUUUUGUACUUUCUGGCUGGUGACAGCUACCGUGCCAAGCUGCUCUCUGUGCUGACAGGGAGAAGGCAGGCCAACAGCAGCCAAACGUUCACUCAUCCUCUGGCCAAUAGGAAUACAAGCAUCGCUCUGGUCUACAAGAGCUUGGACGUAAAAUUCAACAGCGAAGCGCAGAAGUUGUAGAAAAUUGAUCGUUUUUUUGGUUUGCACUGACAGCGGAGUAAAUUCUGCGACUGGCUGGUGACAAUCCCAGGGUGUAACCUGUGUAACCCUUGACCUCAACUUGAAUAGUCUGCAAGGACGAACUGAAAAAAACAGACUUCAGACACGAGGAUUGGAUUCAAAUCCUCGCUAACAUCCAUUUGGGACGCUCGGCAAGAACCUUGACGCCUUACGCGUAUUCCUAGCCACUGCCGGGCCCAAGCCUCGAUAAAAAUGGUUGGGUUGCAUCAAGAAGGGCAUCUGGUGCCAAAAGUGUGCCAAACCAUAUGCCAGUGACUUACUCUGUCAACCUCUGUCAGGUUGCUUCUUCAUUGAAUAAAAUUGUUAUUAUAUUUGUAGCCAACGUUAUGCUAGUAACUUGGUAACCUCUUUCUUGGUAACUUUAACUCAUCAGUGCAGGCAGUUGUACCCCUUGUUAAAUCAAAACGUUGAUCUACUGUGCUGAGUCAAUGUGCUGGGUAUGAAAUUCCAAGCAUUGGCUUGAUUCCUUUUGGAUCCAGGACUGGGUUGGAUAUUUCAUCCAAUCUGGGUUGUUGGAACCGAGUAGUUUUAAGCAUGCACCAUUUCAAUUUUCCUUUUUGGAGCUGUGCUCAAUUGGGCCGGAUGACACAACUGAGUCCAAGCAUGAGUCAACCCUCUGAUAUCAAAACUUGAAUGCCCUCAUUCACAUCAGUGGUUGUCCAGCACAAUUGCGGUUUGCUAGCUAGCUUUGACUUGCUACCAGCAAGUUAAAGAUACAUCUUCCCUUCAGAUCGUCUGCUGGCGUCGGUGCGUCAGAGCAUCUCA